AUGAAUACGCCACGAUCGAAGAAUUACCAUAUCGCAAUCGUGGCGCCUUUGCCAGAAGAUUAUAAAACGGCCAGAGCAUUGUUGGACGAACCCUCGCCAGAGUAUCAUUUGAAAAGCUCGGGAGCUGCAUGCUCUCUUGGAAAAGUCGGCCCUCACAAUGUCGUCCUGGUCGGAAAAGCUGAGAACAUGACCAAUGUCUCCAUCUUCGUCAAAGACACUGUCGACAAUUUACUCGAAGCUUACUCUUCAAUUCGAGCUGGUUUUCUCAUCGGAGUAGAUGCUACAGCUCCUGAAGAUAGCCUUGCAAAACCAGGCGACAUUGUCGUGGGAUUUCCACAAGGGCGCCAGCCUGGGCUAAUUCAGUUCAAUGCAGAUGAGACAAUCACCUCGAACCACAUUUCGACUACGUUUGAAACAAGCCAUCCACCCUCCUCCGUUAAAUCCGUUAUCAAUAGUCUCAAGUCCACACAAGGCCGACAGCAAUGGAGCAAAUAUCUACAAGAUCAUUCACCGCGAGCAGAGCUUGGCUCCACAAAGGACCAUCAGCGGCUCAAACAGGGUCUCCGUGAACCAACCAAAGUCUUGUGCGGCAAAGUGGCAUCAUCUGAUAGUCUCUUAUAUGAUCGUGAUUUGGCCAACAAGGUCGGAAGCGACAAUAAGAUCAUGUGUUUCGAACGAGCAGCUGCAUGUAUUAAAUCAAGGUUUCCAUUCCUGACUGUCUGCGGCACGGUCAGUUCUAUAAGUUCGAGUUCUCGAAGCCUGAAUGAGUCUGCGAUACGCAGAUUAAGAAUGACCACGGUUAUUUGUACCAUGUUUAUCUCUCAUCGGAUCAGUACCGCCCAACUGGAAGUCGAACAUGCCUUUACAUAUCGGUUUCAAUACAACCCAUUCGAUUUGGAAAGUGCUGGAUUUAGGUUAGCACUACUUGAGAAAGGUUCUCAAUCUCAAAUACGGUGCCGCCUUGUCCAAGUGUACCUCAACGACAUAAUCCCCUAUGAAGCAGUGUCAUAUUCUUGGGAAAGCCAAAGCACACCUCAUGAGAUCAUGGUAGACGAGAAGACAUUGUCAAUCACGGAAAGCCUACACGACGCUCUCCGUCACUUGAGGAGACCUGACGAGGACCGGAUGCUUUGGAUUGAUGCUCUGUGUAUUGACCAGACCAAUAUCAAGGAGCGCGGUCAUCAAGUUAAUCGCAUGGGAGAGAUCUACAAGAAAGCCGACAGAGUGAUCGUCUGGCUUGGAUAUCUGAGUGGAAAUGCCACACAGCUAAAAUCUGCUAUCACCAUGCUCGAAGCGCAAGUUGCAAAAUUGCCAGGCAUCCCUCGAAAAUGGCCUCGAGAAGAUCCCCGAUGGAAGUCGCAGUGGAGACAGGUUGAAGCCAAUUUCGGACCUUUGUGUCGCGAUAAGUUGGUAGACGGCCUUAAAAGCUUCAUGCAAAAACCCUGGUUUUCAAGAGUUUGGAUCUUGCAGGAAGUGGCCAACGCGAAAAGGACUAUCGUGACAUGUAAUUUGGGGGAAGUCCCGGGGUGGAUUUUCGCCCUACUUCCACAUGCUAUGGACGUUGAGGUCGAUGAACAGUGUAAAGCUGUCCUAGAUAUCAUGCCCCAUCCAUCGACACCCUCGACAUCGCGAAAAGAAACCAGAAACCUUAGCAGCCUGCUGUGGAAGUUCAGAGGAUGCAAAGCCACAGAUCCGCGAGACAGAGUAUACGCAUUACUCGGUAUGGCGACAGAUAUGAAAGGAAGCCACAUUCAACCAGAUUACGCCAAGGAGGAGCAUGUGGUGAUGAAGGACUUAUAUGCUUACAUUAUAGGUGGGGAGUGGCCAGCUCAUGAUUCACCAGCAUCGAAUAUUCAGGAUUUGCAGCAAAAGCUUCCAGCCAUAUCCAAGCAAAGGCUUCAGCAAGUACUCCGGAGCACCUUUCGAACAGAUCUGCUGGAACAUUUUCUGUGCCGUCAAAGCUUGAUCUCAAUGAUCAAGGAUGGCGAUCUCUUCUAUGUGAUGCAGCAUGGAAGCAGGGCCAUGCAAGCGUUUUUGGAUAAGAGUGCACCUCUUCCUGAUAUCUCUUUAGACGUCGGUUUGGAAUGCCUCCAGAGGUUCCCUGAUGUAUUUGAGGUCCUGUUGCGAAGACCUGACUGUACGUUUCAGGAUAUGCCGAGAUUCGUCGCUCGAGCUAUAGAAUAUCGACCUCAGAUUUUCGAGCGGCUUGUUAAAUCAUAUUCCGAUCCAGAAAAGUUGAGGCACGAUGUUUUGUUACAGGUCAUACCAAGGGGGCUACCAAUGUGCCAAGCGCUGUUCGAUAACUGCGAAUCUCCCAUUGAUAUAUCGAAAGAGAUGCUACUGACAGCCAUACAUAUUCAUAGAGAUAUCGUGCAGAUUCUUCUGGAAGAAGCUCGAUCUCCAAUCGAAGUAUUCGAAAAUAUCUUCUUAGAAGCAACUCCCGGAGGACUCCACAUCCUUGAUGAGUCCAGAAAGCCAAUCAUGAUAACAAAAGAACUGAUUGGUAAGAGCAUCGUAGCCGGUCCAGGUGCUCUUCAGCUCGUUCUAGCCACGAUGGAAAGCACAAUUGAACUAGACGAAGACCUCUUUAUCACAUCAAUCAAGAACGGUCUGGGCACGCUGAAGCGCUUGCUUACAGUCUGUAUAAAGCCUUUUAAUGUAACGAAAAGGGUGUAUGGACAAGCUAUUGAAGCGGGUGACGAAAUAUUAUCAUACCUCUUCCCGAAGUCAUCUUCCAAACUGACAAUGACAGAAUCCUAUGUCGCUUCCUGUAUUAUAAGACCUCACGACUAUGAUGUCGAGAAAAAGCCUUGGCAUGUCUUGAGAUCUCUUUGUGGAUACGGAGAGGGCAAGCUACAGAUCACAGACAAGUUGAUGUCGCUGGCUAAGGACAAACGCUAUGGAUUUCUAUAUGAGAUGAUGUAUUGGAUACGGAGGCAGGAGAAAGACGUCAGUGAUGAGGUGGCGAUAAGCGCAAUCAGACGGGGCCCCAAGGCCUUCAUGGCGCUCCUUAAUGAAGAAGGAACGAACUUCAGAGUCACAAAACAGAUUCUCGAAGUUGCUAUCGAGCAUUCAUAUGCGUUUGAGGCACUGGGGCUAAGACGCCACAGUGAGGUUUUCACGGAUUCUCUUAACCUGGAUCAAUGUGUUCUACCUGGGAUGCAGCCCCCUGAAACGGCGCAAAAAAACGAAGUAUGA